AUGCGUCGUUCUGUAUUGGUCCUUUCAACUUGUGCUCUCCUAGCCCUCGGACAAGACUGGGGAGGUGGUGGUGGUUACGGAGGCGGUGGUGAUGGCGGAUACGGAGGAUACGGAGGUGGCGGAUAUGGAGCUGGUGGUGAUAUGGGAGGAGGUUACGGUAUGGGUGGCGGCGGUGGAGACGGUGGAUACGGAGGUGGCGGUUACGGAGGAAACAUGGGAGGAGGAAAUAUGGGAGGCGGUGGUGGAUACGGAUCCUACCAAGGUGGACCACAACCGGGAGGUGGACAAGGAGGAUAUGGAGGACAACCUUACGGAGGUGGUGGACAAGGAGGAUGGCCACCAAUGCCAAACUAA